UUCAAUGUUCAUGGCCUUUAUCAUAUGCGGCUUUUUAGCCAAUUUUUACCAAUAAUAAUAUAGUUCUACUCUAUCUAAUAUGUAAAAAUUCUUAAUGAAAGAGUUUAAUUGCAAUCAUGAAUAUUCAAUUCGAUCUGUAAAAUAAAGAGAAUACUUAAUUUAGUAAAUAUAACUAUUAGCUUUUUUAUCGAUGAUGCACAAAAAUUGACGCGACGAAAAUGAGUGAUUCGGCAGAUUUCAAUUUCUUGGACGAUUCUUAUAAAUAUCAGGCCCUAAAUAUAAGUGGCUCUAAAUUUUUGAUAGGGGUCUGCAAAAAAAAUGGAUCUAGGAACAUUAUUUUAACUAACUUGAAAGAUUUCUAUGAAGAAAACAUAUCCAAAGAGACAAUUGUCAGCAGAUGUCAGGAUCUAAAUCCAGCAUUUGAAGAAUACAACGUUGAAGAAAUAGUAGAUAAUUUAUUACUCGAUAUUCCAAAGUAUGCUACUACUUGUUCUCUUGAUCAAAUAGAAUUAGAGAGCAAAAUUGAUGACGCUCGCUUUUGGUUUCACAUUAAUUUAAAAAAGUGCAAUCCUCAAAAGUUUAAUGAAUCAUUGUUAGAAAUUUUCUUUACAUCUUUUUAUGAGCUUUAUAAUCGCUACAAUCAGCUAACAAACAUAGUAAAUCAGAAAGAUAGAGAAAUAGAAGAAUAUAAAGCUGAGGGAAUUAAGUUAUUAAGAAGUAGCAUGAUAACCGAGAAGUUUUCAAAGGAAGUAUUUGAAACCAAAUUGAAAAAUGAUAAACCUUUGGAUAAAAUAAAUGUAUUUCUAGAGGUUAUGAAUUAUAAUAAAACUGCAAAACAGAUUGCAAAAUUGGAAGUACAAGAUGUGGAAAAAAAAGAUAUUGAACCAAAAGUAACAACAAAAAACUGCUCAAAAAGAAAAUCUAGCUGCGUCCUAAGAUGUGCAGUACCACCAACAAAGUUAUCCAGAGCAUCUAACAUACAAAAUACCAAAAAAGCAGAAUUUCAAUUGUGAUAUCAGUUAGUCAAACCUUAAAUGAAAAGUAUUCAUAACUAUUUAUUAAUUUUUCUACAUUUAAUUUUAAAAAUAUGAACUCAUUGUAAUCUAGUGUACUUAAGUAUACCAAUUUCAUUUUUAUGUAGUUCAAGAUAAUUUAAAAUUAUACCAUUAUUGAAUUAAUUAAAAAUGAAAAAUUUCAU